AACAUAACCUACAAAUUACACGUGUUGACUCUUGCAUAUUUUAGUGUGAUUUUAGUUGUCGUUUUAAGUUAUCCGGUGCAUGUUUUCGGCAGUUCCUCCGUUUCAGCGAUACAUUUAAAUGAAAAAAUGCCCAAAGGAAGCAAAAUAUUCUUACCUUGCCGCAGCCUAGGCUACGUAAGCAACCACCUACCCUUACAAGUCCGCUACAUAAAAAGCCGCAAAGAAAACUUGAUCGUAACAUGUGUGGGAAAAUCGUUCCACACUUACGGAAUAUCGCACUUCGGUUUAUUGAGUGUCGGCGGUCUACACCCGGAAGAUAUAACAGCAAUGACCGCUGAUGCCUUCCAUGUGUACACAGCAUGCGGUAACGAAAUCUACGCCUGGAGAAGAGGCACAGAGCUAAAACACGUGUACAAAAGUCACAGAAAACCCGUGCAUUUGUUGUUACCGUUUGGGGCUCACUUAAUAUCAGUGGACGAAAGCAGCGGUGUUCGAAUAUGGGACAUCAAGGAAGAGACGGUUUUUCUCGAACUUACAUUCAGCAAUAAAACGUUCCAAAUUACUACGAUUAUGCACCCCAGUACUUACAUUAACAAGAUUUUACUGGGGAGUGAGCAAGGGGAGAUGCAAUUGUGGAAUAUUAACAAUCUCAAGCUGAUUUAUUCUUUUAAAGGGUGGAAAUCUGCAAUUACUUGUUUGGAGCAAGCGCCAGCUAUAGAUGUAGCGGCGAUUGGUUUAGCGAACGGGAAAAUUAUUUUACAUAAUUUAAAAUUCGACGAAACUGUGAUGGAGUUCAUGCAGGAUUGGGGUUUGGUUACUUCUAUUAGUUUUCGAACUGAUGGGAGCCCCAUUAUGGCGACUGGAAGUGUUGUGGGACAUGUGGUGUUCUGGGAUUUAGAAGAACGCAGGGUUGCUAGUCAACUACUGUCCGCACACAAUGGGGGUGUUACUGGGAUGGUGUGUCUUCCCAAUGAACCAUUGAUUCUUACAUCUUCCCCUGAUAAUACUUUGAAAUUGUGGAUUUUUGAUAUGGCGGAUGGUGGGGCCAGGCUUUUAAGGCUUAGAGAGGGCCAUUCAGCUCCACCUUCAUACAUUAGAUUCCAUGGUGCCAAUGGUCACAACAUUUUGAGCUCUGCUGGCGAUUCCACUCUUAGAAUAUUCAACACACAAACUGAACAAUUUAAUAAAAGUCUGGGAAAAGCGUCUUACAAUAGAAAAGUGUCAAAAAAACGCGGGCGAAGUGUGGAAGAUCCAUUAGUUAUGCCACCUAUGACACAAUUCACGUCUGAAACAACCAGAGAGAAAGAAUGGGAUAAUAUUGCUGCAGUGCAUUUAGGGAUACCAAUGGUCACCACAUGGUCCUAUGACAAAUUGAAAAUGGGAGAACUGAAACUCCUUCCUGAGAGAUUCCAGAAAAAAAAAAUUAAUGUUAACGGGUUUCAAGAUGUUGCUGCAACGUGUUUACAUUUAACACACUGUGGAAAUUUUGUUCUUGUGGGUUACAACACAGGUCAUGUUGACAGGUUUAACAUGCAGUCAGGCCUUUGGCGCGACUCUUAUGGCAGCCCUAAAGCACACGACUCAUCAGUAAGGGGUGUAAUCACGGAUUCUCUAAACCAACUAACAACCACUGGGGGAAGCGAUUGUAGAAUAAAAUUUUGGAGAUUUAAAAAUAAAGGUGACAGUCCGUUGUCGGUUAUAACCUUGGAAGAACCAAUCAGCUUUUUCCGUUCACACCAAGAAAGCUGCAUGGUAGCAGCAGCUUUAGAAGACUUCGACAUUUACGUAAUAGAUAUAGAAACGAGACGAGUGGUUAGAAAAUUUGUCGGUCAUACCGGCCAAAUCACAGACAUGACCUUCAGCCCAGAUUCCCGAUGGUUAAUUAGCGCUUCCAUGGAUUGUACCAUCAGAACUUGGGAUAUUCCGUCGUGUCAAUUAGUUGACCAAUUCGCUACAGAGGUCGCUUGCGUCUCUCUCAAUAUGUCACCAACUGGCGAAGCCUUAGCCACUGCGCAUGUCGACUAUUUGGGAAUAUUUCUAUGGACCAAUCGCACCUUGUAUUCGAAAAUCACCUUAAAAGCACUAAAUCCGAGCGAUGAACCCCAACUAGUGGCUUUCCCUGAGUGCCUUAAAGAAAGUCAAGAGGAAAUUGAAGACGUUAAGGAAGAACCAGACGAGUUUCUAUCACCUGAGCAAAUUAGCCACAAUCUCAUUACACUAUCAGGUUUAGCCACGUCAAGGUGGCAAAACUUGCUAAAUCUAGACGUAAUCAAAAAACGAAACAAACCCAAAUCGCCACCCAAAGCCCCAAAAGCGGCACCGUUCUUUUUGCCAACUGUAGCGUCUUUAAAUUUCCAGUUUGAUUUAAAGCAACCAGAAACUGAUAGCAGCAGUAAAUUGUUAAUUCCCGCGACGUUAUUAAAUUUAACAGAUUUUGGAAAAAUGUUAGACAGAACGGGAGAAAGCGGCGAUUUUAGCGAGGUCAUUUUAAAAUUGAAGUCGUUCAGUCCGUCAAUGAUCGACUUUGAAGUUAAGUCCCUGGCCCCUGAAGGAGGGGGUUCAGUUGAAGUAAUGUUACAGUUUCUCAAGUGCAUUGAGUUUAUGUUGAAAUCAAACAGAGACUUUGAGUUGGCUGAAGCGUAUCUGGGGGUGUUUUUGAAGUCACAUGGAGCGGUUGUCGCGAGUGAAGAAGUGUUGAGGAACUAUUUGACCAAUAUACAGAGUUGUCACUCUGUUGUGUGGAACAGGUUGCAGGAUAAACUGUUGUAUAGUAUUUGUGUUCUUCAGAACUUAUGUAAAUAAAUUAUUUUGUUGU